GUUCACUCGAGGCAACGUCCGUGUACCCUUGCUACACUUGCACUUCUCUUUAAGUUCCCUUCUCCUCACUAAACAAGCUCCUUCAAAGCAUUCUCAUCGAAUAAGGACCCAAUGUCCUGCAGACAUCACUGAAGAACAUCUUCAUCCUGAUACACAUAACCCCCUCCACUUUAAACAGGAGGAAGAGAUGUUGUACAUCAAACAGGAAGCGGAGCAAAUCACCCCCUGCAUUAAAGAAGAAGAACAGCAAGAGAACAUCAACAAGUGUACAGUGACCGCCAGUGUGAAGAGCGAAGAAAAUGAAGGUCCAAGCGAAGAGAGCGGGGCAGCGAAACCUUCGAUCUACUGCUCAUUUCAGCACCUGACAACAAAAGAAGAGGGACAAUCGCAACCGGACGGCCUCUUCUCUCCGCUUUCGGACAACGACGACGUAACAUCACACUCUUCUGACACUGAUACUAAUGAGGAGGAUGUUGACUUUGACCAAAAUGCUUUGAAAUCCUUAAACAAUUCAUCAUUGAAAAUAGACGAAAAAGAAUGUGCUGGUGGGAAUUCGUUUGCCUGCACACUUUGCAACAAAGGAUUUUCACGGAAAAAUCAUUUAGAAAUGCAUAAGCGUAAACACACUGGAAAAAACCCUUUUGCCUGCACAUCUUGUGGUAAAAGAUUCACCGAGAAGGCUAAUUUACACAGACACGCAAGAACACACACUGGAGAGAAGCCUUUCGCCUGCACUCUUUGCAAAAAAGGAUUUUCUCGGAAGAGUCAUUUAGAAAUGCAUAAGCGUACACACACUGGAGAAAUGCCUUUUGCCUGCACACCUUGUGGUAAAAGAUUCACCGACAAGGGAAAUUUACACAGACACGCAAGAACACACACUGGAGAGAAGCCUUUCGCCUGCACUCUCUGCAACAAAGGAUUUUCUCGGACGACUCAGUUAAAAUUGCAUGAGCGUACACACACUGGAGAAAAGCCUUUCGUCUGCACAUGUUGUGGUAAAAGAUUCACCGAGAAGAGAAGUUUAAAUGCACACACAAGCACACACACUGGAGAAAAGCCUUUCGCCUGCACUCUUUGCAACAAAGGAUUUUCUCGGAAGCCUGAUGUCGUAAAGCAUAUGCGUACACACACUGGAGAAAAGCCUUUUGUCUGCACAAGUUGUGGUCAAAGAUUCACCGAGAAGGGAAAUUUAAACACACAUGCAAGAACACAUUCUGGAGAGAAGCCUUUCACCUGCACUGUUUGCAACAAAGGAUUUUCUCGGAAGAAUCUGUUAGAUAAACACACGCGUAUACACACUGAAGAAAAGCCUUUUGUCUGCACAUUUUGCGACAAAAGAUUUUCUCUGAAGUCUCAUUUAAUGAUACAUAAGCGCAUACACACUGGAGAAAAGCCUUUUGUCUGCACAUGUUGUGGUAAAACAUUCACCGAGAAGGGAAAUUUAGACAAACACACAAGUACACACACAGGAGAGAAGCCUUUUACAUGCUCAGUUUGUCAAAAAAGAUUCCAUCAGAAAGGAAAUUUAAACAGACAUGCAAGAACACACAUUGGAGAGAAACCUUUUUAAUGCUCACUUUGUGGUAAAACAUUUGCUCAGAAGGGACAUUUAGUAUUGCAUAGAAGAAGCCACACUGAAGAAAAAUCUUUGAAUUGCAAUGUUUAACAAGAUAUUCGAACAUCACAGUCAUUUACAGUGGAAAAAACAUUUCAAUUUUCUUAUCGAGUUUCCCUUGAGCCUCUUUUGAAAAAGUUGUUGAAAUGAUUUUGCAGGUCCUGGUCUUUUUCACAACUGUCGGAUAUUCUUGAUUUAUUUAUUUGUUUUAAUCAAAUGAAUUGGGUUCAGUUUAGGUUACUUCAUAUCAAGCUUGAUCUUCUGUUUUAUAGUAUGACUUUCCUGCUCCUUUGAUUGACCCAGAUUUAGCGUAUGUCUCCGUGUCUCUGUUGCUUAUGUCUCUGUUUUUAAUUACUCUUCAUUUUCCCCCACACUUCCUCUACUGUGAACCGUCUUUUAGAGCUCUUCUCUUUAGAGCAGGGGUCCCCAAACUACGGCCCGCCUCCACAUUUGGUCCAGCCCCCUGAACAAUUUUUAAUUUUUUUUUUUUAAACAUGUGUUAUUUAUUUCUUGGCUUUUUCUGUGAAGAACCCAGAGAGGGUUAUUUGGUUAUUAUCUAUUUAAUUAAUAGUAUUAUAUUAUAUUAUAUUAUCUUAUAUUAUAUUAUCUUAUAUUAUAUUAUCUUAUAUUAUAGUAUAGUAUAGUAUAGUAUAGUAUAGUAUAGUAUAGUAUAGUAUAUUACAUUACAUUACAUUACAUUAUUUACUUUUGUUCCGUGAAGAAUCCAGAAAGGGUUAUUUGAUUGAGGCUUUCUGAAAAACAAUACAUUUUUACAUUUAGGCACUCCUGCAAUCGUCACACUUUUUCUGUUACAAACUGACCCCGGCCCCUCAUCAGAGAAGGGAAAAGUUAUAUGGCCCUCACAGGAAAACGUUUGGGGACCCCUGCUUUAGAGUGUCACUUGGGGACAUAGCCAAUGUGUAGUGUUUUUUUUUUAAUUUAUUUAUUUUUUAUAACCAUUGUAUUAAUUUAUCAAUUCAUUUAUAGCAUUAAAUUGAAAAAAUAUACAAAUGUA